AUAACAGAUAAUAUAUUUGUUGACACAUCAUUGAGCACUGAGAAAUACCAACCGCAUUAUAAGAGGAUGAGAAACAGAGAUGGAGCAUGAAGAAAAUAUUCAAUCACCAAAUGAGAGUCCACAAACCCUCGCUGCCAAAGACUUAGGAGGGGAACUGAUGUUACAGUCCAGGAUAGAUGAACAAUCUACUUUGACCUGCAUACUGAAGAAAAGAGCAGAUGAAAUACUUCUGCGCUACCAAGCCCUGCAGAAACUGAACUCUGACCUUGAAGACCAAGUUGCCCACAGCCAGAAAGAACUAGCUAAUGAAAAAAAGAAAUCCGAGAUAUUAGCAACUAGAUUCACUUAUCUGGCUGACAACAAUCAGGGAAUCAUUUCUUUCAUGAAGGAGCACAAAAAUCAAAAUGCUAAGCUGCAAUCGGAAAACAGGCGACUGCAGUUGGAAAAUGAUUCCCUCUUUUCACAGAAGCUUCAGGAUAAAGAAGCGCUGGUUGAAAAGCUUGUGCAAGAAAACAAGCUAUUGAGAGAGAAAUGUGCACUUAAUGAAAAGAAAAGCAGGGAGAUAUUAGCUGGAUAUGAAACAAAGCUCAGAGAAAAAGAAGUCCAACAUCAAGCCAAGGAGGAGUCGCUACUGAAACAGUUGAUUGAUGCACAACGAAAGCACAAAGAAGCUUUGGAGAGCUGUAACGAUUUGAAGCAUAAACUUGCAGAAGCCGAAGAAGAACACAAGCUAAAGGAAAUAGAAAUGACAGAAACCAUAACGACUUUAACCAGAGGAAAAGGCAAACUGUUGGAAAUUUCUAGAGAAAGAGGCAAAGUAAUCCAGGAAACACAGGAACAAAUUCAAAAGUUGGAAAGAAAAUUGAAAGAGGAGGAAAAGGCCAGAGUUCGAGCACAGGAGAGAUUUGCAUCAGAGGCAGAAGCAGUAAAUGCAGACAGACGAGUGAGGUCACUCACAGCCGCUCUUGACAGAUCCACGUCUGAGUUGCAGGAGCUGCAGAAGGAUUUUGAUGCUUUCAAGAAAUACAGUGCCAAUCUGCUGACAAAGGAGAGGGAGCUGAAUCAAAAACUUUGCUAUAUCAAUUUUUAAGUCUUUGCAGCAUCUGUAUGUGGGUUUUUUUUAACAAUAAAAUAUGC